AUGGUAUUAGGAAUUUUAUCAGUUGGUCGAUACUUCAUAGUUUAUUCGAAAAUACCAAGAUGUUUAUAUAUAAACUGGACACGAAUAAGCCUCAACACGACUGUCUUUCAUUUUCAGGAGAUAGCUUUGAUUGUUCAAGCACUUCUAGGUGAUAGACGAUUCACAUUUCGAAAUGAUCAACAUGUACUCUGUGGAUCGAUAAUUGGCAUGUUAAUUAUCUGGCUGCAUUUGCUUGUUUCAACGGAG